CGCCGGAAGUGAGAGUAGGAACGAGACGUGGGACGGUCGGUUGGUUCGUGGAGUCCGGCGGUUGGCCCCCCACGACCUCCACGCUUCGGCGGUUCUUUCUUCCUGUCUGCGAGGCGUCGGGUAUGCCCUUGUGCUGCGUCUCUUCUUCCUGCUCAGCAGCAACAUCUUUCGCGGCGGCUCCAAGAUUCUGGGUCGGUCGUUCUGUUGUCUCCCUCGGAGCAAGCGAAAUGGGGCCCAAAAGGGGCAUGUCUAAUUCGUCGAGACCUGAGUCGGCGACUCCUGAGGACAAGAAAGGGAAGAAAUCGAAAGGAUUGGCGACUUCGGUUCCUAGUUCUAGCACGAGUCGUGUCAAGGAAAUUUUUGGUGGAAGCAUCGGUGACGUCGAAUGCCUUAAAAAUGACCCGGCCAGAAUUGAGGCGAUGACAUUUCAGGGAUUGAGAGCUACAUUGAGGAGAAUUGGAAUCCCGGCCAAAGGGCGUAAACCGGAUCUAAUAUCUGCCUUGAAGGGUUAUUUCAAUCAAGAAACAAAGGGUGAUAAUAUUGAGGCGGCGGAGGAUCAAGCAUCUUAUGGGUUAUCUGAAUAUAUUUCAGUUUCAAAGAGGGAAGAGAACUCUGAUGAGAAUAAUUGUGUUGAAGCAAUUAGCUCCGAGUCAAAAAUUUCUAGAAUGCAAAGAAGUAAGAGGGUAAAACAGUCUACCAAGGAAAAAACGAUGAAAGUUGAUGGCACAGUGGUCAGAUCGAAGCAGAUGCAGUCAACUGAAACUGAUGAAAUUGCUGGUGAAAUGACGAAAGGGAAAAUAUUAUCCAUUUCGAAGAAAAGAGAUACAGAAGUUUGUAUUGAAGAAGUAGGAGCUGAAGUUAAUGGAACGAUAGAACCAUGGACAGUUCUCGCCCACAAGAAGCCACAGAAGCACUGGGUUGCUUACAAUCCUCGAACUAUGAGGCCUCCACCUCUUUCACGGAAUGUGAAUUCUGUGAAGUUGAUGUCUUGGAAUGUCAAUGGUUUGAGAGCAUUGUUAAAGAUGGAGGGGUUUUCUGCUGUUCAGCUUGCUCAAAGGGAAAAGUUUGAUGUAUUGUGCUUGCAGGAGACCAAACUCCAGGAGAAGGAUGUAGAAGCAAUCAAAGACGUUAUAGAAGGUUAUGAGAACAGCUACUGGACAUGCAGUGUUUCUAAACUUGGUUAUUCUGGUACAGCAAUCAUCUCACGGACAAAGCCCCUUUCAGUUACAUAUGGCUUGGGCAUAUCAGAUCAUGAUUCUGAGGGACGGCUUGUCACUGCAGAAUUUGAUUCGUUCUUUCUCUUGAGUGGUUACGUUCCUAAUUCUGGUGAUGGCCUGAGAAGACUGAUGUAUAGGAUUAAAGAGUGGGAUCCAUCUCUGGGCCGCUACAUAAAAGAACUUGAAAAGUCAAAGCCCGUGAUUUUGACUGGCGAUCUGAAUUGUGCCCAUCAGGAAAUAGACAUUUACAAUCCUGCGGGAAAUAAAAGAAGCGCUGGAUUUACAAUUGAAGAAAGGGAAUCUUUUGAGACCAACUUCCUGUCAAGGGGCUUUGUCGAUACCUUUAGAAGACAGCAUCCUCAUGUUGUUGGUUAUACUUAUUGGGGUUAUCGGCAUGGUGCGAGGAAGACAAAUAAAGGGUGGCGGCUCGAUUAUUUUCUCGUUUCAGAAUCUAUAGCAGACAAAGUUCAUGACUCGUACAUCCUUCCUGAUAUCACCGGUAGUGAUCAUUGUCCUAUUGGCCUCAUUCUCAAGCUUUAGUUCUGUCAUCUCUGUUGGGAUCUUGGUGAAUAUAUUCUGGGAAGGUAGUCCGGCAGCAUCAUCUUAGAUGCUGGUUGGUGAAAAGUAUUGAGCUUUUCUUGCAUGGUCAUUUAUGUUGAAGCCAAUAGCAAGGGAAAUUUUUUUGAUGAAAUUUGCUUAGCAAUGGGGGCAAAGAAAGGGAUGACGAGAUGACAGGACAGACAGUAUUUGCUUUGUCUGGGCUUGUGGAGUGAUCUGGGUUUUUCUAGAUUAUUCUAUAAGGCGUCUUUCGGAGGAAGAGUUAUGAUGGAACUUUGAAAUCACAUUUGAAGAUAUCCGUGCAAGUUUUUGAACAUACAUUUUGAUGCCGAUGCCGAAGCCGUUAGGGUAAUAAUGCUGAAAUGCUGUGUGCAAGUUGUAGGUACAACCUUUCUGGUUUGCAAUCCAAUUUGAUCAUCUGGUGGAUGUUUUUGUUUUAAUUGAAAAAGAAGCCUAGAAAGACAGUUGUCUACGACGGUCUGCUGCUCAGUCUAUUAAGGAGUAAGGCAAGGCAUACAAUGACUUAUCGUGGAUCUUUGUUUGCGUCUUGUUGUUAGAGAAGCUCAAAGGAGCAUGUAUCAGCAAUUUGUCAUUUUGGGCUCUUGAAUUUUGUAUAUGAACAUGGAAGACCUGAAGAUGAUGAUGUUGCCAUAACUAGGCGCAAAAAUGUAGAUGGAAUUAGCGAGUUUCUCUUAUUUAUGGAAUCCUGCUGUUCAAGUCUAUAA